AUGGGAUACGAAACAAUCACGUCCCGUCGCGAGUUCACUGCGGCCCUCGAUCGAACGGAGGAGAGCAACAACAUCAUAAUCAUUGACUGCUUCACUUCUUGGUGUCCGCAGUGCAAAGCCGUGCAGCCUAAGAUCGAUGAGCUGAACAAGGAGUUCGGCGACAAGAAGAAUGUCUUCUGGUACAAGAUGAAUAUUGAAGAAGCAGAGGACGUUGCCAUGGAGUACGGCGUGUCUGCAGUGCCGACCUUCUUACUGUUCAAGGACGGAGACAUGCUCCCGGAGGAGAAGAUUACCGGAGCACAUCACCUCAAGGUCAGGGAGAUGAUCGAGAAGAAUAUAAAGUCAUAG